CAGAUCCUGACAUUGAUGCUGCCACUGCCAUGAUGCUUUUGAAUACUCCCCCUGAGAUACAAGCAGGUUUUCCCCCUGGAGUGAUACAAAAUGGAGCUCGUGUUCUGAGUAGAGGAAUGUUCCCAGGAGUUAGGCCAUUGCCAAUCAACCCUAUUGGAAGCAUGGCUGCUGCAGUAAGGAAUGGACUAGCAAACUGCCGGAUGAGGACAGAAAGUGAACAGUCGUGUGGCUCACCAGUUGUUAGUGGGGACCCAAAGGAGGAUCACAACUAUAGCAGUGCCAAAUCUUCCAACCACAGGAGCACUUCACCUGCUAGUGACUCUGUUUCCUCUUCCUCUGCUGAUGACAAUUAUGAAUUUGCUACUAAAGGCAGCCAAGACAGCAGUGAAGGGAGUGAAGUUAGCUUCCAGAGCCACGAGAGCCAUAGUGAAACAGAAGAGGAGGACAAAAAGCAAAACCGGAAGGAGACCAAGGACUCUUUAGCUGACAGUGGAUAUGCAUCCCAGCACAAGAAAAGGCAACAUUUACUGAAGGUGAAAAAAGUACCAAGUGACACACUGCCUCUUAAAAAGAGACGUACGGAAAAGCCCCCAGAGAGUGACGAUGAGGAGAUGAAAGAAGCAGCUGGAUCACUCCUGCAUUUAGCGGGAAUUCGGUCCUGUUUGAAUAACAUCACCAAUCGGACGGCAAAGGGGCAGAAAGAGCAAAAGGAAACCACAAAAAAUUAGAACAAAUCAUCGAUUUGUUUGAACUUACAAAAUUUUGUUUCAGCACGUCAGGUGAAUUCUAAUGAUUUGUGGCAAUAUCAGCAUUUUUUGUUUUGUUUUUUCUUUUUUUUUCUUUUUUGGACCCUUAAGAUUUUUAUUUUUAAAGGAGAUUGAAGCCAUAGAACUCAUACUGACACUCAGCUAAUUUACAAAAGCUUUUCAUUCCCUGAAGACACAAAGUAAAAAAGCCAAAAUCACCAUUGCUUUCUCCAGCUUGUUGGAAAUGCAUGGUUGAAUACGCAGUGACAUCAACAUUAUUGUGAUGGGAGUACAAUUCGGCCCUUGGAAAUCCCUCUGAUACCUAGAAGAGAUGUGCAUAAUUCAGUAAUCAUUCAGGCCUGGCCCUUAGGUUAAAAAAAAAAAAAUGGCCUUACAAUUGGGUUUAUAAGUGAAUGUGAAUAAAGAGAUUUGGAGGAGGCCUGGAAUCUUCAAUACCAAACCAAGAACCGGUGGCAGUUGGAUACAGUUGUGCCAUAGAAGUCUUUGGACAGCCACUGGAGGCGAUUGCGCAUACAGUAAUGCAUUAUUAGUGCUCCCUGUACUCUAAGUGGCUCAUAAUGUGAAGACUGAUAACUUUAAGUUGUGGAAAAUUUGAACUGUGUAUGCAACGGGUUUCAGUGAAAUAAUGAGAAGAAAUGGUUGCGGGGGGGAGGGAAUUGUUAAAGGUAUUGUUAAUCAUUGAAUUCUGUCUUCAAUAUUAAAUUAAAAGAAUGUUCAAAAAGCCAUAAGCCUGAAGAUUGGCACUGCGUGCAAAAAUAAUAAUAAUAAUAUGGAAAACAAGCUAUGUCUUCUAAACUGCCUGAGUGAAAAGCAAUCAAGUCUAAGAAAUUACAGUAGAUAUUACGGAAGUAAGUAAAUCAGAAUAUUUUUCUGUGGAUCAAAAAUAUUUGGUCUAACUGGGGAAACAAUGCUACAAAACCUGCCAUUAGUAUUAUGCUGUAUUUAAAACAAAAAACCAGAUACAAAAAAAGCAUAUUGAUGGACAAGAAAAUAGAAUACAACAAAGAGCUCCUAUACUGCCCUCAAAAUGGAGUAUGCAGUUAAUGCCAGUCAGGAUUCAUCUGUGCAAAAACAACAUCAGAUUUCCAGAUUCAGCCAGCAUAGCCAGCAGAAAAUUCUGAUCCACAUUGCAUGGAUUUGAGGGAGGGGAAAUUAAAAACAACAACUUUUUUUUCAAAGAUAACAAAAUUCUUGUAAGGUAAAUAAUGUAUUUAGCAUGAAGCAUGAAUUAUUUUCAUAUAAAUAUAGAAAAUAGAGAAAAAGGCUAUGCCUCUAAUUUUUAAGCCCUUAGGCUUAGAGUCUUUUAUUUUUUUGGUUUUUUUUGUUUUGUUUUGUUUUUUUUUGAAGCAGGUGUUUAAGGUUUAACCUUCUUCAGGGACAAACACUGACUGUUGGGGAACUUACUCUGCAAUAUUAAAAAUAUCUUCACACUCUGGUAGGGCUUGGAUGGUUGAAUUAUACUGCCUUGUCUGCACAUUCAGCCCCCUCUCCCUACUUCUGUUUUACAAAAAAAAAAAAAAAAAAAAAAGAAAGUAUGUCCUUUCUCUGCCUGUACAUGUGUAACAUGAUGCAAUAAUUUGAGGGCAAAUUUAGUAGUGAGUGUGUAUGAUAGAAUCAAGAGAAUAAUGGGAGCUUAAUUGAGGAAAAUAAUUCGGAUUUGGUUCAGGGAUAGGUAUGUCAGUGAAUAGCUUUGCUAAUUUGCCAUGAAAAGAAAUGAAGUUAGUAAAGAGCCUUAUUGAUGGUGAUCUGAGAUACAGCACAGGGUUAGAGGAAGCGAUUCAGGUAUAGUUGUGCUACUCUCAUGAAAAUGUUGAUAAUUAGAUUGGAAUUCCCUGGAAGUGGUGGGAAAGCUGUGAAGAAAAUACAAUCUCUCCCACCCCAAUUCGUGAAUUUGGCAUUGAAAUCAUGUACACUAAGAAAUUCCUAGCGGAAAAAGGAACAUUACAGGGACUGAAAAUCCCUAUCACUUCAUAAAGUAAAAUUAUCUGUCGUCUUUAAAAACUUGAGGCCACCAUAUUUAUCCUUGGUGUAGCUGUUUUAAUCCACAGAGUUACACGAGGAAGGAUAGCCCAUGAACAGGAAGCUAUAAAGGGAUGUGAUUGCCCACCCAGUGGAGUAAAAUCAAAAUUGCACCAUGAGGCAUUUGGGUUUUUCAUUUAGUUUAGGAAGUGGAAGAAUUGUGCAGUGGAUUGCUAUGGUUUGACAAUAUUGCUAGGCUCAAUGGGUGUUCUGUUGCAUAGAAAACAUACUACAGCAUAAGGGUACAGCACCAAAAUGUAUUUUUCUUUUGAUUUGCCUAAGUGUGUAUCAGGACCCAAAACCCUGAUUAUACUGUGAAUUGAAUAGUAGUCCAUGGGCUGGAUGAGUCUGGGAGAACUUUCAAGCAGCGUAGAUUGAGAUGGUGGGAGGCAAAGAUGGUUUAACCCUUGCACUCAGCUGAUCUGGGUCCACUGGGUGCAGGGUUGGUCCCCAGGUGUAAGUUAGAACCCUACCGACUGCUGCUGUCACGUACGCUGGUUACCAGCAGCCCUGAGAAGCAAAAACCUAUAGCUUAGGGAUCAGUGCAGCAUAGAGGUGCAUCAGCCAUAUUGCUUCCUCUGGGUAGAGUCCCUUCAUGACUGCACUGGGGUCCUUCUCUUGUUGGCAGAUAUGCCAGCUCUGCAGCCAGAAUCCACUGAUAGUGCCACACAACAAUUGCACCGGAAAAUCUGGCCUCAUGUGUUUCAGGGACUUCUGGGAAGAGUAACUGCAAAUGAAAAUGCAUUAACUUGCCCCAAAAGCCAUUGUAAUACACGCUUGUGCAUAUGUUGUUCCAUCCCACCAGUCUGAUUAAUAUUAAAUACAAUUAAGAGUAAAAUUUAGUGGCAUCAAGUACAUUUGAAGCAAUGGCUUACUCCCCACCUUCGUCAGAGAAAAUGACAUGGUGAUAUGCUAGUGGGCAAAAACUGCUCUCAGUCACAAAACUGAUUCCAGAGUAACUUUACUGACUAGAAUAGUUACUCCAGACUUACACCAGUGUAACCUGAGAUAAGUAUCUGUUCCAUAAGUACUAUUUUCUAAUUUGGCUACUUGAUUAAAUAUGUAAUUAUCACUAGUGUUAUCCACCCAAGAAAACAGUCUUGUACAUAAAUACGUAAUUAGGCAGGUUGUCUUAAAAUAUAUUAUUUCUGUAAGACUUCAAUAACUCCUUUAUGGACUUGUUGGUAUAUUUAAAUAUCGGCAGAUGCAAUUUGUAGCUUCUAGGCUGGCCUACUGGGAAGAUGUCAAUAGUCUGUGUUUUAUAAAAUACUUUCAGGACCCAUUAAAAGAGAGGAACCAGACGUUUGGUUAUGUACUAAUGCCCCCUGUAGACUAUUCAAAAAGGGCAUAAAGUAUAUGUGAUUAAAAUAAUCUAUUGAUUUAAGUUUAAAAAAUAUUUUGUCCAGAAUUCCUAUACCUAUAACUGGUGACAUUCAGUACAUGACUACAGGUUGGUAUGUUUUAAAAAAAAAAAAAAAUACUUGUAAGCCACCUUUUAAAACAUGCGAUUUGUGCCUGAUUGAGCACAGUAACUUCUUCGGAAUUGGACUUGGUUCCAUCAGUUAAAUAUUCAUUUAUCUGCAUAGGUGUGUUCUUUGUACAUUGGAUUGGAAGGACUGUUUAAGGUCCGUCCAGUCUAUUAUGUAACCAAACAUUAUAGAGCCGAUAUAAUGCAUGUUCAUAAAUAUUCUC